AGGCCGCCACUAUGCCUGAGCAUCGCGCGCCCCUUAGGGCUACCGGCUUCCGGGAGCCGCGACCCCCGCAGGAACCACUCGCGGGCUGAGCUCCACGGCUUAUCGGUCACUGGCGCGCUCCGCGUCUCCAUGGCGACGGCCUCCGCGAGGACCCCGGCGGCGGGGCUGCCCCGCGGCGCCUGCUGCGCGCGGCUCUCUCGCGGCGGGCGCCACGGUCGCACUGGAGUUCGUGGCGCUGCGUGGCUGCCGCGGAGCUUGUGGAACAGGUGACCGAGGCCCAACUGCUGCGGACGCAGGCGGCCGGCAGUGGCCGGAGCCCUGGGGCCUGCACGGUGGGCGCUGAGUUGGCGGGGUGGGCCGGGACGCGGGCGGCGGCCCCUCCCAGUACAGGGUUAAUAACAAAUGUUUCUCUAAGACGGAAGAAAAAGAUGUCAUUCCGUAAAGUGAACAUCAUCAUCUGGCUCCUGGCUGCUGUUCUCUUCUUACUGGUUUUGCACCAUAACUUCCUCAGCCUGAUCAGUUUGCUAAGGAAUGAGGUUUCAGAUUCAGGAAUUUUGGGGCUUCAGCCCAUAUACUUUGUCCCAAAUGUUCACCAACAUAUAGUAGAUGGGAAACAAGAGAUUCCUGUGGUCAUUGCUGCAUCUGAAGACAGGCUCGGUGGGACCAUUGCAGCCAUAAACAGCAUUCAGCAUAAUACUCACUCCAAUGUGAUUUUCUACAUUGUUACGCUCAACAGUACAGCAGACCAUCUCCGGUCCUGGUUGAACAGUGGUUCCCUGAAAAACAUCAGGUAUAAAAUUGUAAAUUUUGACACUAAACUUUUGGAAGGGAAAGUAAAGGAAGAUCCUGACGAGGGAGAGUCCAUGAAACCAUUAACCUUUGCAAGGUUCUACCUGCCAAUUCUGGUUCCCAGCGCCAAGAAGGCCAUAUACAUUGAUGAUGAUGUAAUUGUACAAGGUGACAUUCUUGCCUUGUACAAUACGCCGUUGAAGCCAGGGCAUGCUGCUGCAUUUUCAGAAGAUUGUGAUUCAACCUCCACUAAAGUCAUUGUCCGUGGAGCAGGGAACCAGUACAAUUACAUUGGCUACCUUGACUAUAAAAAGGAAAGAAUUCGAAAGCUUUCCAUGAAAGCCAGCACCUGCUCCUUUAAUCCUGGAGUUUUUGUUGCAAACUUGACGGAAUGGAAACGACAAAAUGUGACCAACCAGCUGGAAAAAUGGAUGAAACUUAACAUAGAAGAGGGGUUGUACAGCAGAACACUGGCUGGCAGCAUAACUACACCUCCUCUGCUGAUUGUAUUCUAUCAGCUGCACUCUACCAUUGACCCUAUGUGGAAUGUCCGACACCUUGGUUCCAGUGUUGGAAAACGAUAUUCACCCCAGUUUGUAAAGGCUGCCAAGUUACUUCAUUGGAAUGGACACUUUAAGCCAUGGGGAAGAACUGCUUCAUAUGCUGAUGUUUGGGAAAAAUGGUACAUUCCAGAUCCAACAGGCAAAUUCAGUUUAAUCCGAAGACAUAUGGAGAUUUCAAACAUAAAGUAACCAACAAUUUAAACUAAAUCCAUCACUCAGGAAAUCCUGGAACACUGUGUAUGGGAAAUAGCAGCUGUUAGGCCUUAACCCUAAGCUGUGGCAAUCCAUAGAAAAAGGGAUGUUUCAAGUGGGCAGAGAUCAAAUUGCCUCACCUGGCAGUCAGCUUCCCAGAUGCACUACAAAUAUCUGCUGACUGACCUGAAUGAAGGAUGGACACUGAUAAAGCUGACAGAACUAGUUCAGCUAGCCUAGUAUGGCUAGAAACUGCUGAUUGGUUUUACUUUUGUAACCAGUGGCCUGGUUUGUAAAUAAAAUCUACGUUUUAAUAAGA